ACGAGCUGCCGUACUCAGUCUGUUAGCAAACCCACGGUUACCAACAGCACCUUUACGAACAGGUGAAACUACUCUCCAGCAACUUUUUCUUGUGAAUACUCUCCACUUUAAAUUGAAGCAGCGACCGUGUUGAAGACAAAAGACCCCCUUUUACUUUAGAAAUGGCGUCUUCUGCGAUGAUCACUGUCCCCACCACCGCCUCCCGCUUCGCCCUGCUCCAGAUAGACUCGGAGUCGGACUCGGACGGCUCUGACGCGGGCAAGACCGGCACCAAAGGGGGACGGGACUCCUCCGGGAAGACCCGAGCAGGGAAGGCAGCGGGGGGUAAAGGUGGUCAGUUAAACGACAAGAAGAAAGACAAGAAGAAGAAGAAGAAGGAGCAGCAGCAGAGUGAGGCCAAUGAGUUGCGUAAUUUGGCCUUCAAGAAGAUUCCUCAGAAGUCGUGUGCCCCGCCUCCCUGUUUGUCUGCUGCCGGUGAACUGCUCGGUCCUGCAGGAGGGGACCACGCUCCGCCUGCAGAGGGGUGGCAGCAGUGGAAGCAGAGGGAUGAGCAGAUAACCUCUGAGCUGUACGAGGCAGACCUGGAGAAGGCCUUGAUUCUAAGCAAACUGGAAUUCGAACAACAGAAACAGCACCCCACAAACGCAUCCUCACCGAAGUCCAGAGGAGGAAAAGAAGGCGGAGGGAAGAAGGACAAAAAAAAGAACCAGCAGGCGAAAGACAAAAAGACGGUUUCCCUGCAGGACUUCCAGGCGGAGGGCAGCGCAGAACAUUUAGGUAGGAAACAAGAGAAAGACGACGCCAGAGCGGCUAACUUAGUGCUGGGCGGGCAGGAGGAGCGUUUUUUCAACAAGCUGGAGGAUGACGUCAGUCGGAUCGUCCUGCAGGAGAAGAGACGCGAGCAGUACACCAACAGCCAGGGACAGGAAGUCAACACGUCCACAGAACACGAGCCGGAUCCCCGAGCGGAGCAGCUGAAGUACGACCUGGAGAAAAAAGACCAGGAAAUCGAUAAGCUAAAGAAGACCAUCUCACAGUGGGAGCUAAAAUACAAAGAGGUGAAGGCGAGAAAUUCUCAACUGCUGAAGAUGCUCCAACAGGGAGAAAUGAAAGACAAAGCAGAAAUCCUCCUACAGGUAGAAGAGCUGCUACAUAUAAAAGAAGAACUAUCAUCACAGGUAUCAUUACUACACGGGGCCCUUGAGCAAGAAAGGUCUAAAGUCAAAGGUCUGCAGUCAGAACAACCGAAACAUCAGGGUAACAAGAAAGGGAAGAAAGGCUCCGAAGCGGAUCUAUGAAUGUUUCAGAAGUUAAGGCAAAAAAGAAUGAACGAACAAAUGAAGAAAAACAAUAAUGAUCACAAGCAGGGUCCUCUUUCUUUUAUGUUUUUUUUUUAGCUUGGACUUGAUGUCAGCAUAAAAUGCAUGCCCCUGUAAUUACUCAUAUACACAACUUACACUCCAAGCAGGAAAACAAAAGGUGUAAAACAAACUCAAGUGAUUAAGAAGACCAGACGUUCUGAAGAGAAGUUUCUAAACUGUGUUAAAAGUCUUUACUUACAAUGCUGCCCCCUGCAGGCACAGGUGUGUCACUGCAUCUGUGGUGCAGCAGGAGGGCUGUGUGCCUGAUCUUUGGCUUCACCUCCAAACUGACAGAAGUGAAAUGUAUGUUUUUGUUCUGUUUUUUUUUCUUUCAAACUGUCAAGUAAAUAAAAUACUUUUUCAGUGAAA